AUGAAGGCCGGCCUAUUCUUCCUCGCGGCCUCCACAGCCCUCGCCGCCCCGCUCGAGAGCGUCCCCGUCUCUCGCAGCGAGGUUGGAGCUUUCCCUGUCGCUGAGCUCGAAGCUUACUACAACGCUGCCUUUUCCGCCCAGCCCGAGGAGGUCGACGCCCUGCAACCAACCAUCACCAAGCGUCAGUACAACGGUGACACCUUCAACCAGCUCACCGAUGGCACCGCCUGCCGCAAGGUCACUCUGAUCUGGGCCCGCGGUACCACUCAGCCCGGGAACGUUGGCGAGGCGGGCUCCGAAGGACCCGCCUUCUUCAACGCUCUUGCUUCGCUCAUUGGAGCUUCGAACCUGGCUGUCCAGGGCGUUAACUAUUCCGCCAGCAUCAUCGGCUUCCUCUCUGGCGGUGAUGCGGCUGGCAGCACCACUAUGGCCAACUUGGUUGCUCGUGCUGUGACUCAGUGUCCCAGCACCAAGAUCGUUCUUUCUGGUUACAGCCAGGGUGGCCAGCUCGUCCACAAUGCAGCGGCUAAAUUGACCACGGCUCAGACCAACCGGAUCUCUGCUGUUUUGAUCUUUGGCGACCCAUUCGACGGCCGAGCUGUUGGCAAAAUUCCUGCUUCCAAGGUCAAGGUCAUCUGCCACGACGGCGACAACAUCUGCGAUGGUGGCAUUAUCAUCACUUCCGACCACACCAACUACGAGAAAGACGCUCCAGCCGCCGCCGCUUUCGUCGCUGGUCUGGUUGCGUAA